AUGAGCACCACUACUCCCGCUGCCGCCCAAGUUGGCGUUGCCGCUCCUCCCAAGCUCGAGAAGAAGCCUGUCAAGUUCAGCAACCUGCUGUGUAUGUUGAUCUGCCUGUCUGUCAGAUCUGACCGCAAUGUGCUAACGCGUCUCUACNNAGUGGGUGCUGGCCUGAACCUGUUCGAGGUGACGACCUUGGGUCAGCCCCUGGAAGUCGUAAAGACGACCAUGGCCGCUAACCGUGCCGACGGCAUGGCAGGAGCCAUCAGCCGCAUCUGGGGCCGUGGUGGUGUCUUUGGNCUGUAA